AUGUCAACAGAAUCAACAGAAACCAGAAUACCAGACGUAUCCCAAACAGAACGUCAUGGCUACCUCUUCGGCUACCCAAUUGCACACUCAAUGUCACCUCUGCUACACCAGACUGUAUACGAUGGGCUAGGGUUAAACUGGUCACAAUACCCUCUAGAAUCAAAAGACAUGUCACUCUUCCUUCAAUUGAUCAAACAUCCACAAUUCUACGGCGCCUCCGUAACCAUGCCCCACAAAGUCGCUAUCCUCCCCUAUCUCGACGGCCUGACAGAAGAAGGCCGUGAUGUCGGCGCCGUAAACACUCUUUUCAUCCAAGAAGACCCAUCGACAGGAAAACGGCUCUACAUGGGCACAAACACAGACGUCAUCGGCAUCCGUGACGCAUUCGCCUACAACGUCGACGCCUCAAAGUACGAAAACAGACCUGCUCUCGUCAUUGGUGGCGGCGGCGCAGCACGAAGUGCCGUUUACGCCCUUCGCAAAUGGAUGAAAGCCAGUGCGAUAUAUCUCGUAAACAGAGACGCCUCCGAAGUCUCAGCCGUAAUCUCCGAAUGCAACGCCCGCGGCUACGGCUCUUCCCUCAUCCACGUCUCCACCCUCGCCCAAGCUCAAUCCCUCGCCGGCGUCGGCGCAAUCGUAUCCUGCGUCCCCAACUUCUCGCCCGCAACACCACAAGAACACAAAGCCCGCGACAUCCUCAACUGCUUCUUGCAAAAAGAGCACAAAGGCGCGCUGCUCGAGAUGUGCUAUCACCCUACUACAUGGACCGAGAUUGCAGAGAUAGGGAAGAACGAGGGGUGGCAGAUCGUCUUAGGGACCGAGGCGCUGAUUUAUCAGGGGUUGGAGCAGGAUCGGUAUUGGACGGCGAGGGAGGUGAGGGAGUUGCCGGUGGAGAAGGUGCAGGAGGCUAUUGCGAGGAAGUUAAGUGAGGCGAGGUUGUAA